CGUAAAUUUAAGAAAUAAUCCUUUUUCGAAGUUUUCUCUUAUCUUGUUUUCCUCAUUUUUUGUCAAUGCACGUUUUGCGAAUCUUUCAUAACGAAUGAAAAAAGCGGAGUGGUUCUACGAAAAUAAAGCAGCUGUCGAAAGGGCAACGGUUUCAAAUGGCAAUGUCGUUAAAACUACAAUGAAUUGGAUUAUACAUUGGAGAAAAUUGAUCGAAGGACGUUUCAAUCUAUCGGCCUGCGGCAGAAAUUGUGGAGGAUCAUGGGCGCGAGUGUUACCACCUACACAUCCUGCAGCAAAGGACACCAGACAGAGGGAUAUUCACGAAGUUUCUGGAGAUGUUGUUCCUAUAAACAUGGUCAAGGGUAUUGGACAUCUCAGAGAUCCUCGUCUUAAUAAGGGCUUGGCUUUUACAUUGAAGGAGAGAAUAUCCUUGGGAAUUCAUGGUCUCCAACCACCACGAUUUAAGACGCAAGAGGAACAAUUGGCAUUAUGCAAGGCUUCGGUCAUGAAAUAUACCGAAGAUUUGAAUCGUUACCUUUACCUUGUCGAAUUGCAGGAAAGAAACGAAAGAUUAUUCUUUCGUUUGUUAAGUGAAAACAUCGAACAAAUGAUGCCGAUCGUUUAUACUCCAACUGUUGGAUUAGCAUGUCAGAAAUUUGGUGUGAUUUAUCGUCGACCACGCGGAUUAUUCAUAACUAUAUACGACAAAGGUCAUAUUUAUGAGAUUCUGAACAAUUGGCCCGAACAAGCAGUCCGUGCAAUUUGCGUUACCGAUGGUGAGAGAAUCUUAGGUCUGGGUGAUCUUGGAGCAUGCGGAAUGGGUAUUCCAGUUGGAAAAUUGGCUCUUUAUACAGCUUUAGCUGGUAUAAAGCCUCAUCAAUGCUUACCAAUUACUAUAGACGUAGGUACCAAUAACGAACAACUCCGUGACGAUCCUCAUUACAUUGGUUUGAACAAACCAAGAAGUCGAGGUGCUGAAUACGACGAAUUGAUCGACGAAUUUAUGGCCGCAUGCGUUCAAAAAUAUGGACAGAAUGUUCUCAUUCAAUUUGAAGACUUUGGAAAUCAUAACGCUUUUCGUUUUCUCGACAAAUAUCGUGACAAGUAUUGUACAUUUAACGACGACAUUCAAGGAACAGCUGCAGUAGCAGUUGCAGGUAUACUUGCAUCGAAAAGAAUAACGAAGAAGAAAAUGUCCGACAACAAGUUCGUUUUUCUUGGUGCUGGUGAGGCAGCAAUAGGAAUAGCAGAUCUUUGUGUGAAAGCUAUGGAAGCUGAUGGUUGUACCGAAAGUCAAGCUAGAAAUAAUAUCUGGAUGAUGGACAUAGAUGGAUUGUUGGUAAAAGAUAGACCGGAAGGUAAUCUCGAGGGUCAUAAAAUUUGGUACGCCAAAGAUUACAAGGUCACCAAAUCUUUGAUCGACAUUGUACGUGAAAUAAAGCCAACUGUGCUGAUUGGAGCCUCGGCAGCGGCCGGAGCGUUUACUCCUGAAGUUUUAAAAGAAAUGGCGAAGAACAACGAAAGGCCAUUGAUCUUUGCAUUGAGCAAUCCGACCAGUAAAGCCGAGUGUACUGCUCAACAGGCUUAUGACUAUACUGAUGGUAGAUGCGUAUUCUCCUCUGGUUCACCCUUCGGCGAAGUGAAUCACAAAGGAAAGAUUUACAAACCUGGUCAGGGUAACAACGCUUAUAUCUUCCCUGGAAUCGCAUUAGGUGUAAUAGCAACCGGUGUGCACCAUAUCACUGAGGAUUUAUUCCUGAUUUCUGCUCAGACUAUUGCCGAUCAUGUAACUGAUGAGGAUCUUGAGAUGGGUAGUCUAUAUCCACCCUUAAGCACUAUCCGAGAGUGUUCGAUCGAUAUUGCCGUUAAAAUAGCUAAUUAUGCUUAUGCAAGGAGUGGCUUGGCUAGUGAAUAUCCCGAGCCAAAGGAUAAACGACAAUUCAUUGUCAGUAAGAUGUAUGAUGCCAAUUAUGAUAGUCCACUGCCAAAUCUAUAUGAUUGGCCAGUUGAUUACGCCAGUCCUCGUGUCCUGCCAGACAAAGACACUAUAGAAAUCCGCCACGAUUUAAAACAUCUGUAGCGGAUUUCACCGGAUGUGGAUAUUUGAAGGAUUAUGACGUGUUGGCGAGUGUUUAACAAGACAACGUCUGUGAAACAAAAUAUAUAUACACACAUACACUCGUCCAAAAUUUAUUUUAACGGACUGAAAAGUACGAUCGUUCUCUUAGCCCUUAACGCAUAUAUUACGAGAUUGAAUAAAUAACUAGCGUGACGAUAGUAAUAAUAAAAGAAAAAAAAAUAUUACAGUAAUUAAAGUUUCAUAAAUGUCAAUACGGGUGAUUAUUACAAUAGUUAAGGGUUGAGGAUGGUCAGACCGAACAGUAUUUAAUUAUAAUAAUUAAAAUGUUUGUAUGAAAGAAAAAUGAUUUUACUUUUCACCAAAUGAUAUAUAUAUAUAUAUAUAUAUAUAUAUAUAUACACAUACACACA